UGCAUUUGUAGACCAAUGUAUCUCCUGCGGAAGAUGAAGAAGCGCAUUGAAUAUUUUCAAUUCUUCUGUCAGACGCCUAGUCAACUUAACAAUCAGUGACAUAUCAUUAAGAACCCACUCAACAUUAACACUAUACAGUUAUUUGGCACGAUCGUGUCAGAUCAUGCAUCCCAUAGAAGUGUCAAUCCCGUCUUUUCGAUCGGAGGGCAGUAACGUGGAGAAGGGCUACACGGUGAGUUACACUGAUCAGUUUUUAAAGGUUUUCAAGAUCGAGGUGCUGAUGUGUGGUAGACAGCAUACUGUUGAGAAACGAUACAGUGAAUUUCAUGCUCUACAUAAUAUGCUUAAAAAGAUAAUUAAAACUGCUGAAAUCCCUUCAAAACAUGUGAGGAACUGGGUGCCUAAGGUUCUUGAGCAGAGAAGACAGGGGCUCGAACUCUAUCUUCAGGCUAUAAUCAUGGAAAAUGAGGUUCUUCCAAAGAUAUUCUUGGAUUUCCUCAAUAUCCGCCAUUUCCCGUCACUGCCAAAAACAGAGAGUUGCGGUAAACUGACACACCAGCCAGCACUGCUCUUCCAGAGGGAUCCAUAUCUGCUACCUACCACCAACGAUACAUUUUCAAACAUGGUCAUUGAAGGUGUGAUACGUGGAAUAUUCUAUCCAGACUUCCAGCCGAGGUAGAUCUCAGCGCUACAGACACACAUCACCUCCGAUUCAUGGACAUAAAGGGAUUCAUAUAAGCAGCACUAAAUCACGCAACACCAGUUUAACAGACUCACUCGUCCUAGCCUUAAUAUUGUAUUAUGGUGUCUACACUUCAUGGCAUUUUUGCCUAGUUUUAUGGUUUUGUGUAUAUGCAGGGAUUGAGAUUUAUUCGUUUAUAUCAAGUGUCUCAAGCCAAGUACCUUGGCAUAAAUUUGCACAUCUAUAAUAAAAAACAAAACAACAUGUCGUAAUUUGAAACUAGGUUUGCACGCGUCAGAUUUGAGGUCAGUACUGAAGGAUGUUUCGUCCACUGACUGUAUAUUACUCCAAAUAUAUCUGUUAGGGAUCAUGAGCGCUUUAAACACAUCUAGUGAAGAGCCUUGAACCUUCCUGUUAUUGUUAUUGAUGUAUGUGAUGUUAUUUUCUUUAUAUUUUACAACUUUUUUAUGUGAAAAUUAUUGAUUACCAGCCUUGGUUUAUCAUGAAAAAAGGGAACUAAUGGGUGAACCAAACCAGUGUAAAUGCCUACACGUUACUGCCCAAAAGUGUGAAAAGAGUUAUUAUAAUAGUUACCUAGCUCAAUGCUAUCCUGGACCAAAGCAAGCCUUUUCGACAGUUUAUUUUCUUUGAAAAUGCAGUUUAGUCUUGGACUAACAUUAUUUAGUUUAAUAUAUUUAGGCAUUAACUGAAAUGUGUACAAUGCGAGGGAGCAUGUAAACACUAGCUUUUCAAAGCUUUAACACUAGUGCUUGAAAAAGUAGUGAAGGUAAUGUCAUUUGAGAGGUACUAUGAUUUACAACUUCAGUUAAGGUGGUCUUUUGUUAAUCAGUUUGCUGACACUGGAUUUAUAAGGUUAUAUAUCCAGAUACAAUUUCAAGCAGACCUAUUUUUAGUGUUUGUUUUCUUCAAUUUGUCUUACAUUUGUGUUUGGACUAUGUGCCAUUCCAUUUCAUGUGUUGUAUGUUAUGGAAACUUUAAAUUGUUGUAUCUUGCACUUUGACCUUUGUGGAAAAAAAUCAAUUCUAACUAAUUAUUAUUUUGAAAACUGACAGCAAUAAAACAUCGUAUUUAUUCAUGAACUGAAUAUUCUCUGUUGGAAGACAUUGUACUUUUAAAUGACACAUGGUGCCAAUUUUGCCCCUUUUUAUUGAAAAACGGACAAAUUUUGAACAGCAAGCAAAUUAUUGGCAUAUAAAAGCUGUAACAAGUUGUGUUUCUUCAUGUUGCAUAAAACACUUUAGACCACCCAUGCAUUUAAUAAGAACUCAGCAUUUUGCAUAAUGAAACUUAUGCAUUAAAGACAAUUCAGUACCCAUUCUGUCAAAAUUUGGCACAAUUUACAGCCAAGAAAUUAAUUUGCCAGUUAUUUAUAACUGCACUUGAUGUAAAGUAUCAAAUCUGAUAAUGAGACAAUACAUGGUAGAGUACCUCAUGCACAAAAUGUUAUUUUUAAGUUAAAAGCUGUGGUUUAAAGUUUCAACCUACCACCUCAAGCUUAUUCUCAAUAACCCAGGUUUCAUUUAGUGUCUUUCACAGAUUUUUAUUUAAUAGUAAAACUUCUUAAUACUAAAAACAGUUCAACAGCAUUUCAACUCUUAAGGCUUUUUUUUUCUUCUGAAUCAACUUGCAAGACGAUAAAAUAAAAAUGUUGUUUGACAAGUAAAUCUUAGUGUCAUUGUUUCAUUUUUUAGUAACCAGUAAUACAUUAGAGUUAAAGGAAUAGUUUAUCCAAAAAUUAAAAAUCUGUCAUUAUUUAAUCAUAGUGUAAUAAGUUUGAAUAUGCAGAAAUGUGAAUAAGAUUUGAGAGCUACGACGAAGGGGAAGACUUUCUGUGAGCAUCACACAAACCUAUCGUAUGGGUUCAGAGGUCUUGGAAUACAGAGCACAUGAACUACUUUUAUGACACUUGUAAUAUGCUAUUUUGCAAUUUUUGGAGAUUGGCAGCCAUAGUAUCGCUAUAUGGAAAAGCAAAAUGUGAAUAUUCUGCCUGACAACUUUUGUGUUUACCAUAAGAAAGUUAGUCAUACACGUUUGGAACAACAUGAGGGUGAGGAAAUGAUGACAGAAUUUUCAUUAUUGGGUGAACUAUUCCUUUAAGAUACUGUGAUGUGAUUAUUUUCAUGAUCGUACUGUAAACAAUA